AUGAGAAAGCUACCUCCGUAUCGAUUUAUUGAAGCAAUGUGCGGCUCUAUUGCUGACGAAUGCUGCAAGCGAUCCGAAAAUGCUAGAUUGUGGGCAGAUAAAGGUUUCGUUUUGACACCUGGGGCCGAAAAGCUACACAGAAAACAGAUGAAUUUGCGGAACGGGACUUGUAAGUGUAGCUACGUUGAUCAAAUGGGCAUGCCGUGUAGGCACCUCAUCGCGGCGCUUGAAAGUGUUGGCAACCGUUUGGACGUGUACAAACACUUUCAGCCGUGUUAUAAAGUGUCGGUGUAUGCCAAUGCAUUUCACGCUAAAGCUGUCUUUAUACCGAUAGAAUCAGACAUCACUCAGAGUUCCGAAUGGCUACCUGCAGUUUUUACAAAAAACCUGGGACGGCCCAAGACGAAGCGCAUAAGAAGUGUUGGAGAGGACGGGAAUAGAUCUUCACAGAGUUGCUCAAGUUGCCAUCGGAAAGGCCACAACAAGCGUUCAUGCACGCAAUCGGAUGGCACAUAA